AUGGCUGAAGAACAAAGCCACAUAGGGAGCUUGGGGGUCCACAUGCGCAGAGUUGUUGGAAAGCUCCAGCACAUGGGAAAGAACAAGUUUCAAGCAAAAACAUCUGAAGGACUAAAGGAUUUUAAUGCGCAGGCUACCAGGAGGAGAGGCACCCUUCAAACCAGCAUGUAUACCUAUUUUCUUUCCUUCAUCAGAUCUAGCCAUGAAAGGAGGAAGGAAAGAAAAAGGGAAAUAGCUGAGAAUGGGAGUCUCCCACUGAGACAGCUGAGAGAAAGGGCCUUGAAAACCCAAAAAUUCCUAAUUUUGUGCAAAUGGGCAGAGAAUAUUUCACCAAGAUGGGAAAAGUCAAGGGAGGAGAGGGGAAAGGAAUGGAAAGAUUUGGCCAAAUUGGAUAGAAACCAAGGGGUUCUUGGGAAGGAGGAGCUUCCAGCGGCUAUAAAUGAAGCACCUCCUACCCAACAACCAUCAACCACAUCCAGAGAACAAGCUUCCUCUCUUACCUCCAAAACCCAGCAAUUUCGUGCUCAGUUCAUCCUUCUCCCCCUUGUUUUUCCUCUUGGCAGAUCGUUCUGA